AUGCGGAAGCCGAUUUCGCUAGUGACUGUAACAACACACUGCACGGUGGACAUGACCAGGGUGCCAGAGGAACACAUCGGAGAGGCUACACCAGUGGCCCUUCGCAAACUCAUCGAGAACGAAAUGCGAGCGCCUGGCGAUCAACCCAAGUGGCGUUGUGUUGCCGUCACUAGAGACCGAGGAAACAACAACCGUAUCAGGAUCCUCGGCAGGAACGAAGACGAAGUCAAGAAGAUCAAGGACAUCAUUGAAGCGAAGAAGACGCCGGAUACAAGAGUCCUUCGGGACCAGCUGUACCCAGUCAAAGUGGACAACGUCAACCGCACGGCCGUCAUCGACCACGAAGGCAGGGUCCUUCCUGGAGCUACUGAAGCCCUGAGCCAGGAAAACGAGGUGCAGAUUGCGAAGAUGGCCUGGCUGAGCAGAAAAGACGCCGCAAAAGCGUAUGGAUCCAUGGUGGUUUAUGUCACCAAAGCCGGAGACGCUAGGAGGCUCCUUCUCCUCAACGACGGCUUCUUCUACGCCGGAGGUGAAUCAGGAUACACUGGAAUAUUCGAACGUCGGAUGAGACCAGAGCAAUGCUACAACUGCCAGCAGAUCGGCCACAAAGCAUUCCAGUGCAAAAACGCUCACGUGUGCGCCAGGUGUGCCAAGGUGGGCCACCACCACAGUGGCUGCAGCGAAGUGGUGACCAAGUGCGUCCUGUGCAGCGGCCCGCAUGAAUCGUUCAGCAGGAACUGCCAGAGGCUCUACCCAUCUCGUCAUGAGUAG